AUGUCAUUUUUCGGCUUUGAUGCUUCGUUGCCUGGUUCGAACCCUAAGAAGCAAAAUGGUAACAAGGAUGAUAAUGGCAAGACCUUGGAUUUUGAAGAAACGUACAAGGGCCUUGGUGAUUAUGCAGUAGAAGAAUAUGAUUAUUUGAAUGAUGAGACAUUUGGUGGACCUGCUGAGUUAGGUACAGACUUUGAUUUUGGUCAUGGUUCUGCCGCUGCUCUUAAUAAGAAAACUGAAGUUGAAGCACCUAGCACUUAUACGAUGCCAAGCAGAUCUUACGUGGCAGCCGCGUCCUCCGGUGCAGAUCCUGUUACGCGAACCUCGUUAGAUGACACACAGGAUUUGAAGCCUAUGGAAUCUUUGUGGACAAAUCAGCCUCGUGUUUCUACUCAGCAACCUCAGGGUCACUAUCAGACUCAAGGGCAAGUGUUAUCAAUGGAAGACUUGGAGAGACAACAACGUCAAAGACAGAUGGCUGCUUCUCAGCAAGGAUUCAUGGGCAUGGCAGGACCAGGAUACGGUAUGCCACCUCCCCAUCCACAGGGAUUCAUGCAACACCAAUUUCCAAAUCAGUACCCAUCAUCAUUCUCUCCACAGGGCAUGCAAAAUAUCCCUCCAUUUCAACAAAUGCAGCCAGUUAUUAUGAACCAAGGCAAUCAGGCUACAAUGUACCAGCCUCCUUUGAAUAACCCUACAGACAAGCAACAGGAGCAAGGAAAUGUUUCAGGAACUCAGCCGAUGGAAUUUCCUCCCGGAACCCAGUUAGGAAGGUCUCCUCAGAUGCAGCCAGUUCAACCUUCUCCUAAACCAACUAAUCCAGGCUCGCCAAUGAUAGCUACUUCAACAAUGACACCACCGCCUCAAGAAGUGCACAACCACCAGCAGAACAAGCAAACCUUCGUUGAAACUAUGACACAGCAACAGCACCAACAUUUUCUUCAUCCUCAACAGUUGGUUUCUCCUCCGCAAACUCCAAGGGAAAACUUUAGAUAUAAUCGCGGACAAGGUAGAAGAGAACCAUUAACCGCAGAGGAACAGAAGAGGCUGCAAAUUCGUCAGGCUAAGGUUGAAAAAAUUUUGAAACAUUCAGGCUUAAUGACACCAAGAGAUAAAGAUUUCAUUACUAGAUAUCAACUUUCUCAAAUUGUUACUGAUGAUCCUUAUAAUGAAGAUUUCUACUUCCAAGUCUAUAAGAUCAUUCAAUCAGGAGGAAUUGUUGGUGAAGCCAACAAGGAUUUGAUUGCUCGUGCUUAUUUGGAGCAUUCCGGUCACAGACUGGGUGGUCGUUAUAAGAGGGCAGAUGUUGCCUUACAAAGAAUGCAAAGCCAAGUUGAAAAGGCUGUUACAGUUGCUAAAGAAAGACCACAAAAGAGCAAAGAUCAUAUCGAUGCUGCUCGUGAAGGGGUUUUGGGUAAAAUCUCUUCAGCAAUGAAUAGCAAAGCUCCUCGUAGACAAUUGCAGAUUCCAUUGCAAAGGCUUGCUGAUGAAAGCGCCAUAGCAGAUGAUUCCAGUACUGCAAAAUUAUCGCGCGGCUCGACACCAGCUCUUGAAGCCGUCACUGAAACACUUGGUAAUGUGGAAAUAGACCAAAAGUCAAAAGCUAGAAGAAGAUCCUCUUAUGCUUUCACUUCAGUCGAUCAAAGUUCUGUAUUGUCUCGAUCUGGUGGUAGAAAGUUUGUUUUGUCCCUAAUUGAGACUGUUUACGAAGAAGUUUUAGAAUUAGAGGCUCAACUGAGAAGUGGAAAUCCUGUUGAUAGCGCUGCCUUGUGGGAAGCCCUACAUAUUGGUGACGAGUCUUAUGAAGUCUGUCCUUUCAUCUCAAUGUUGUCAUUCGACAAGGGUGUCAAGAUUAUGCCACGUAUAUUCAAUUUUUUAGAUAACAGUCAAAAACUAAAACUGUUGCAAACGUUUUUUGGAGAGCUAUCGCAUUUGAACAUUAUUAUCAUCAGUUCUUAUAAGACCAAUGCUUCUCCAUCAGAGAACCAGUUGAAACAAAUUGAACUCUUCCAAGCUGUUUUUUUGAAGAUCAUUGUAUCAUUUUUAUCAAACAGCGCAAACUUUAUCGAGAUUAUGGGCCUCUUACUAUAUUUGAUAAGAAAUAACAACGUUUCUUUCAUUUCAACUUCUAAAAUUGGUCUGAAUUUGAUCACUGUCCUGAUAUCCCGUGCUGCUUUGAUUAGGCAAGAUAUAAACAGAUCAAAUGUGCUAUCAUCGCCAGAAAUCUCAGCAUGGAAUGAAGUCUAUGACAAACUAUUUACUUCCUUGGAAACGAGAUUAUCAUUAGUUUUCCCACCAAAGGAGUACACUGACAAAACUGUUAGUAUUAAUUCACGUCCUUCUGCUUCGUCGGGAAGUGCGAUCGCUACUCCUACAAUGCCAACAAUCUCCACUUCAUCGCAGUAUUACGAUCAAGCUUACAUUUGGCAGUUUCUUGCUUCCUUGGCUCUCAGUGGUAAACUGAACCAUCAAAGAAUAAUCAUUGAUGAGAUCAGAGAUGAAAUAUUCGGCACCAUCACGGCAGCUGAGGAAUUAGGAAAAAAUCAACAAGAUCAAACCGCCUCAUUAUAUAAGAGGGAAAAAUUGUAUCAGGAUUUAAAUUUGUUUCUCAACGUCAUGGGCCUUGUUGCCAGAGACGGCGAAAUAACAGAGCUGAAGUAA